AUGGUCUUCAAUUCUCUUCAUUAUACUGGCCGCCUCCUCAAGAUGCCCAACAAAGAAAGGUAUAUCAUGGAUGGCAUUAAUAUUGCUAUCGCUCUCAAGGAUAUGAGAAACGUGGAAGUUGAAGCAAAUCUAAAAACACAAAUGAAAUUGUUGAAAAUGUUGUUGUCAUUUCUAAGUCUUUGCAUUGGAAGAAGUGAAAAUUAUAAUGUGGCACAAAUUACUGCCUAUGUUGAUUACUUUGGGCAGUGCACAUCGGAACAGUUUCCUGAUGAUAUUGCUGAGGUAUACUUUCUCUCCGAGACAGUCUUUCUUGUUCAUAUGUUGAUCCGCAAUCGUUAUCCAUCAAAGGACAAACGCCUAUUUGAUGAUGUUUUGGCUACAUUUGUCCUUCAUCAUCCGGAGCAUGGCCAUGCUGUUGUUCUUCCAAUUAUUUCAUGUAUUAUAGAUGGUGCACUAGUUUAUGAUCGGAGCAGCCCUCCGUUUGCCUCUUUCAUUUCCUUAGUCUGCCCUGGCAGUGAGAAUGAAUAUUCAGAACAAUGGGCGCUGGCAUGUGGAGAGAUUUUGCGGAUUUUAACUCAUUACAAUCGCCCAAUAUACAAGAUGGAGCAACAGGAUAGUGAAACAGACAGAAGCAGUAGUGACAGCCGUUCUACAAGUAGUGAAUCAGCAGAAGGGAAAUCCUCCAACAUACCUUUGAAACUAGAUAUUGACUAUCUGGAACUGCAUUCUGAUUUGAAACUAAAGAUAUCGAAGCUGGCAAACUUGCAUCGAUGCGGCACUAUAACAUGGGGGGACUACACAUGGAAGUGUGGAUCCAAUGAUGAUGACAUCAGAAAUCGGCGGUGCAGUGGUGUUAUGGGUAAAUAUGCAGCUGGAGAGCUCAAGCCACCAACAACCACUUAUUCUCGCGGCUCUGGAAAGCAUCCUCAGCUCAUGCCAUCAACUCCAAGGUGGGCUGUAGCAAAUGGUGCUGGGGUUAUAUUAAGCGUGUGCGAUGAGGAAGUUGCUCCUUUGGAUGAGCAUCUAGUUGCUGGGCUACCUGCUCUUGAGCCAUAUGCACGUUUAUUUCACCGGUAUUACGCCAUUGCAACUCCAAGUGCAACUCAACGACUUCUUCUUGGCCUUCUCGAAGCACCACCAUCAUGGGCUCCAGAUGCACUUGAUGCUGCUGUACAACUUGUGGAACUCCUUCGAGCUGCUGAAGAUUAUGCAUCUGGCAUAAGGCUUCCCAGGAACUGGAUGCACUUGCAUUUCUUGCGUGCAAUAGGGACUGCAAUGUCCAUGAGAGCAGGUAUAGCAGCUGAUGCUGCAGCAGCUUUACUUUUCCGUAUCCUCUCACAGCCUGCAUUGCUUUUUCCUCCACUAAGGCAAGUUGAAGGGGUGGAAGUUCAACAUGAGCCUUUGGGUGGUUAUAUUGCAUGCUACAGGAAGCAGAUAGAAGUGCCUGCAGCUGAAGCAACUAUUGAAGCAACUGCCCAGGGAAUUGCAUCUAUGCUUUGUGCCCAUGGACCUGAGGUUGAAUGGAGAAUUUGUACCAUUUGGGAAGCUGCUUAUGGUCUGAUUCCUUUAAGUUCCUCGGCAGUUGAUCUUCCUGACAUCAUAGUUGCAACACCUUUGCAACCUCCAAUGUUGUCAUGGAAUCUGUAUAUACCUCUCCUUAAGGUCCUGGAAUAUCUUCCUCGUGGAAGUCCUUCCGAAGCAUGCCUCAUGAAGAUCUUUGUUGCUACCGUGGAAGCAAUCCUUAAGAGAACAUUUCCACCAGAGUCUUCUAGAGAACAGACCAGAAAGACACGAUAUCUUUCUAGCUUAGGGCCUGCCUCCAAAAACCUUGCUGUGGCGGAGCUUCGUACAAUGGUUCACUCUCUCUUUCUAGAAUCAUGUGCCUCUGUAGAGCUUGCAUCACGACUGCUAUUUGUCGUAUUAACUGUGUGUGUCAGUCAUGAAGCUCAUUCCAAUGGUAGCAAGAGACCAAGAGGUGAAGAAAACAAUCCACCUGAGGAUGGCAAAGAGGACUCACAAUCAACAUCCGAAAUGCCAAGAAACAUGAAAUCUAGAAGGAUGAAGAAACAAGGUCCAGUUGCAGCAUUUGAUUCUUAUGUUCUGGCUGCUGUAUGUGCACUGGCCUGUGAGCUUCAAAUAUUCCCCUUUGUUUCUAGGGGGAGUAAUCAUUCAACUUCAAAACACACAGAGACUCUAGCCAAGCCUGUAAAACUAAAUGGAUCUGUUAGCGAGUUCCAAACUAGUCUCGAAUCUGCAAUCCAGCACACUCGGAGAAUUUUAGCAAUUUUGGAGGCUCUAUUUUCUCUGAAACCGUCUUCUAUUGGCACAUCUUGGAGUUAUAGUUCAAAUGAGAUAGUAGCUGCAGCUAUGGUUGCAGCUCAUGUUUCUGAACUAUUUAGACGUUCAAAGGCGUGCAUGCAUGCGCUCUCUGUUUUGAUGCGAUGCAAGUGGGAUAAUGAAAUUUACACCAGGGCAUCCUCACUUUAUAACCUCAUUGAUAUUCACCGCAAGGUUGUUGCAUCCAUAGUUAACAAGGCUGAGCCAUUAGGAGCACACUUGCAUGCACCAUUUCGGAAAGCUUCGGUCACGUGUUUUGAUAGUAACAAGCGAAAUAGAAGUGCAAGCAAUGCCUUCUUUAAUUCAGGGCAAUCAUCUGCCCUGCAGCCUGAAGAAUUAGUUCAUUCAGAAACUAAAAUUAAAUGUGAGAGAGUAUUGCAGUCAGAAGAAGGCUCUGGAAGCACCUCAGGAAGACGUAUUGCGGGAUUCCCAUUAGAUGCUUCAGAUUUGGCCAAUUUCUUAACGAAGGACAGGCAUAUUGGAUUCAAUUGCAGUGCACAAGUUCUAUUGAGAUCAGUGCUUCCAGAGAAGCAAGAGUUAUGUUUCUCUGUUGUUUCUCUGUUGUGGCACAAAUUAAUUGCAUCACCUGAAACUCAACCAAGUGCAGAAAGCACUUCUGCUCAACAAGGAUGGAGACAGGUUGUUGACGCACUGUGCAAUGUUGUAUCGGCAUCUCCAACAAAAGCAGCUACAGCAGUUGUUCUUCAGGCCGAGAGGGAAUUGCAACCUUGGAUUGCCAAAGAUGAUGAUCUAGGUCAGAAGAUGUGGAGAAUCAACCAGCGCAUCAUCAAGUUGAUCGCUGAGCUGAUGAGAAAUCAUGAUACCCCAGAAUCAUUGGUAAUUUUGUCAAGUGCAUCAGAUCUACUUCUACGCGCAACAGAUGGAAUGCUUGUUGAUGGAGAAGCUUGCACUUUACCACAGCUUGAGCUACUGGAAGCAACGGCUAGAGCUGUUCAGCCAGUGCUGCAGUGGGGAGAGUCUGGAUUUGCAGUUGCAGAUGGCCUUUCAAACCUCUUAAAGUGUCGUCUACCAGCUACCAUCCGAUGCCUUUCUCAUCCAAGUGCUCAUGUCCGUGCCCUGAGCACAUCUGUUCUUCGUGAUAUUCAGCAUACUGGUUCAAUAAAACCCACUUCUAACCAUACAGACACGAAUGGAAUCCAUGGACCCCCUUACCAAUAUUUCAGCCCAGACAUCAUCGACUGGCAAGCUGAUAUAGAAAAGUGCCUAACUUGGGAAGCUCAUAGCCGACUUGCGACGGGAUUGCCCAUUCAUUAUCUUAAUACCGUUGCCAAGGACUUCUCGUGCCCCGCCCCAGAGCCUAUCCUCUCUCGAAAACACAAAAUGUCUCUGGUGGCUAACGAGGAUUUUCAGCACAUUUUGCGUGUACUGAACACGAAUGUAGAUGGGAAACAAAAGAUAAUGUUUGCUUUGACAUCAAUCAAAGGUAUUGGGAGGCGUUUCGCUAACAUUGUUUGCAAGAAGGCCGAUGUUGACAUGAACAAGAGGGCUGGUGAAUUAUCUGCAGCAGAGUUGGAUAACCUCAUGACUAUUGUUGCAAAUCCUCGCCAGUUCAAAAUUCCUGACUGGUUCUUGAAUAGGCAGAAGGAUUACAAAGAUGGGAAGUAUUCUCAGGUUGUUUCAAAUGCACUGGACAUGAAGUUGAGAGAUGAUUUGGAGCGUUUGAAGAAGAUCAGGAACCACCGUGGUCUGAGGCACUACUGGGGUCUUCGUGUCAGGGGGCAGCACACUAAGACUACUGGCCGCCGUGGAAAGACAGUUGGUGUCUCUAAGAAGCGUCGAGAUUCACCGCCUGCGGCUGAAACACCAACCCCAUUUGAUGGGGUCACUAGACGUGCUCAAAAGGGUCGAAGGAUGGUGGAGAUAUACUAUUUAUGCCUUAAAAUGCUAGACCAGGGAGCUGCCGAUGCAGCUGCCUGGAUGUUCAAUGUUGUCACUUCUGUUGGGAUUAUUAUUGUCAAUAAAGCCUUGAUGGCUACUUACGGUUUUACUUAUGCUACGACACUAACCGGUAUGCAUUUUGUUACUACGACCUUGAUGACUGGUGUUUUGAGGUGGUUGGGAUACAUCCAAGCUUCUCAUCUACCCUUCUCUGAGCUUUUGAAAUUUGUUUUCUUUGCAAACUUCUCAAUUGUUGGAAUGAAUGUUAGUCUAAUGUGGAAUUCAGUGGGAUUUUAUCAGAUUGCGAAGCUGAGUAUGAUUCCUGUAUCCUGCCUGUUGGAGGUGUUGUUUGACAAGAUUCGGUACUCACGAGACACGAAGCUGAGUAUAGGAGUUGUUCUCUUGGGUGUUGGUGUUUGCACUGUCACUGAUGUGAGUGUUAAUGCCAAAGGAUUCGUUGCUGCCCUCAUUGCAGUUUGGAGCACUUCUCUGCAACAGUAUUAUGUACAUUACCUCCAAAGGAAGUAUUCACUAAGCUCUUUCAACCUAUUGGGUCAUACUGCUCCAGCGCAGGCUGCAACUCUGCUUUUAUUAGGCCCCUUUUUGGACUACUGGUUGACAAACCAAAGAAUUGACACCUAUGACUAUAAUGCGGCCUCCUUGAUGUUUAUUGCUCUAUCAUGCACCAUUGCAGUAGGGACCAACUUAAGCCAGUUCAUCUGCAUUGGCAGAUUCACAGCUGUGUCCUUUCAGGUACUUGGUCAUAUGAAGACGAUCCUUGUGCUGGUCAUGGGAUUCUUUUUCUUUGGAAAAGAUGGUCUUAAUCUACAUGUGGUUCUGGGCAUGAUCAUAGCUGUAGUUGGAAUGAUUUGGUAUGGCAAUGCCUCGUCUAAGCCUGGAGGAAAGGAGCGCAGGAGCCUCUCGCUACCUAUCAGCAGACAACAAAGACAAAGUAAUUUAUCAGAACCCAAUGAACAUGAUGAGAACGUAUAA